AUGAACACCGAAGCGCGGAACCACGACGACUCUGUACACACUUUUGUGAACCCUUUCGUGCAGUUGAACGUCGGGCUAUGGUGCCUCUUUACCGGUGCGACCGUUUUCCUCGCACUGCGCCUAUGGUGUAAAAUCACGAGACGACACGGGCUGUGGUACGAUGAUUACAUUCUUAUGGUGACUUGGAUCAUUCUUUUAGCGAACAACACAUUGAUUGUUUACGAAUUCGCGACCGGCUAUGUGCUCGAAGACUCGACGAAACAGUGGGACGACCGCAUGCACAUCCUCAUCAACAUCUCGUCCUGCGGCACGCUGAUCGGCCAGGCGUGGACCAAGACGGCCUUCGGGGUGACGCUCCUGCGCAUGAGCAACCAGUGGCAGCGAUGGGUCCUGUACUUCUGCAUCGCCACGAUGAACAUGUACAUGGUCGCCAAGGUCAUCAUCCAAUGGGGGAAGGUCUGCGGCAGCAAGACCUACGAGGGCGACUACCGGCUCCAGUUCUGUCUCGAGAAGCAGUUCCGCAACGACUUCAAGGAGGGCGGCAAUGGUGAGGACUUGUCUCUCCCUUUGAUCUCGCGCGCGCGCGCGCACACACACAGAAUUGCGGUUCUCCUCUUCCGCGUCAAGGUUGCUGUUAUCGUUGUCGUUGGUUCACCGGCUGACUCCGAUCCCACAGUUUACAACAUCAUCAUGGACUUCGUCUUUGCGUGUUUCCCAUGGUUGAUCACCCGCACGCUGGAGAUGAAGCGCGCCGAGAAAGUCGGCCUCUGCAUCACGAUGAGUUUGGGAAUGAUCGUCGCUAUUGUCUCGGCCAUCAGAGUCGGCUGGAAAGACGAGGGCAACGACCGUGACCCUUGGUACAUCUACCGCAACGGCAUGUCCCAAAUUUGGUACUCGUCGGAAAUUACCGGCACCAUCAUCGUCCAGUGCAUCCCCAUCCUGCGCCCGAUCCUUCGCGAAAUCCACACGUCGCUGACGUCCAAGCGGCUCGAGUCCACGGCGGACGGCCGGAGCACGACGUUUGGCAGCAAGCUCAGCAGCGGCAAGCGGAUAUCGACCGGCGCCGUCCAGAACGACAAGCUCGGCAACGAGCGCAUCGCGCUGCGCGAGAUCCCCGAGGAGUCCUCGGACGAGACGCCGCCGCACUGGAAGUCCUCCUCCUACCCGCGCGAGUCCGACUCGACGACGUCGCCCUCCGAGGCCGACUUCAAGCCGCGCCCGCCCACCGCGCCGCUGCCCGACAUGUGGCCGUUGUCCGGGAGCGAGGCCCCGAACCUCAACCUCAACCUCAACGGCUCCUCCAACUCGGGCAAGAGCCUGGACUUCGAGUUCGAGCCCCAUUCGAAUUCCAAUUCGAAUUCGCAUCUGGAUCUGGAACAGGGACACGUCCAGCAGGGACUAUCGCCGCCGCCGCCGCCUCGCAGGUUUCCCUAA